AUGGCUCCGCCGAUCUUGAGCUCGGGCCAGGACCAUUCUACGCGAUCAGUCUCGCACGACUGCUCUGGAUGGAGCUGCCUGAGCGACGCAGCCCAGUUCGGCAUCAUUCUCGUCAUUAUCUUUUUCGUUUUUACUAUCGCUUACAUUUACUGGCGAUUGUGGAUCAAGCCUCAAAGAGAGUCAAGCAACGCUCAGGCUGAAGAGGAGACAACCAGUGCCCGUUGGGAGGUCAGCCGUCGCAGCCCAAGGUCCAUCACCAUCACCAUCUACCGAGAAGCAAGAUCGCGCGGAGACCAAGAUAAUGAUGAUGAUGAAGGAAAGGACAACGCAGAUGGAUCAAGGAUACGGCGUAGACGUCGAAAGAAGAGCAAUACUAAUGCCGAUGAUGGAGAGGAUGACAGAACCAAGACCUUGGCGACUACAGCGGAAAAUAUUCUCGGCCCUGUCGUCCAAGUUCAGCCACCGCAGAUCAUCACAUCUCCUCCGGCGCCAGUCGCAUACCAAGUCCAGUUUCCAGAUGUUCAUGUCAUCCCGCCGCCCCCUCCUGCAGUCAUCUAUACGGCAGCACCCCAGACGUUCUCCCCACCUGCUCCGCUAUUUACUCCUACGCUCGUCGCAGAGCCAGUCACCCCUCCACCGCCUCCUCCACCAGUUGUCGUGGAACCCUCGGGCGGAAACCAGGAUGCCACGCCUCAACAGCCGUCUGCCGUCCAACCACCGUGUGCAGCUCAGCAGCCGACCCAAUCAAGGAAUGGCAAUGCCGACGGCUUGUCCAACUCGAAGACCACAAGCAGCCAACAUACCGCUAUACCACCAACCUCCAACUAG